AUGAUGGAACAACCAAGGAAUAAUUCCUUUAAAUUCUUCUCGUUAGGUGGUAGCAAUGAAGUUGGUAGGUCAAGUCAUAUGCUACAGUAUAAGAAUAAAACCGUUAUGCUAGAUGCAGGUGUCCAUCCUGCAUAUCAGGGAUAUGCAUCAUUACCAUAUUAUGAUGAAUUUGAUCUUUCUAAAGUUGACAUUCUACUUAUUUCACAUUUCCACGUAGAUCAUGCAGCUUCACUGCCGUAUGUUAUGCAAAAGACCAAUUUCCAAGGAAGAGUAUUCAUGACCCAUCCUACCAAGGCCAUUUACAGAUGGUUAUUAAGAGAUUUCGUUAGAGUCACCAGUAUAGGUAAUUCUGCUACAGGUAAAGAUGAAAAUCUUUAUACUGAUGAAGAUUUAGCAGAAUCCUUUGACAGAAUAGAAACCAUAGAUUAUCAUUCUACAGUUGAUGUUGGUGGUAUUAAAUUUACAGCUUAUCAUGCUGGUCACGUCUUGGGUGCUGCUAUGUUCCAAAUUGAAAUCGCAGGAUUACGAGUGCUUUUUACUGGUGACUAUUCUCGUGAAUUAGAUCGUCAUUUAAAUUCUGCAGAAAUUCCACCAUUCCCCUCUGAUGUACUUAUUGUGGAGUCAACCUUUGGUACUGCAACACAUGAACCUCGUAUAAAUCGUGAACGUAAAUUGACCCAAUUAAUUCAUUCAACAGUUACUAAAGGUGGUCGUGUUCUUUUACCAGUUUUCGCCCUAGGGAGGGCUCAGGAAUUAAUGUUAAUUUUGGAUGAAUAUUGGUCUCAACAUGCAGAAGAAUUAGGUGGUGGACAGGUACCGAUUUACUAUGCCUCUAAUUUAGCAAGAAAAUGUAUGAGUGUUUUCCAAACUUAUGUGAAUAUGAUGAAUGAUGACAUUAGAAGAAAAUUCAGAGACUCUCAAACCAAUCCAUUUGUUUUCAAAAACAUAUCUUACCUCAAAAAUAUAGACGAAUUUCAAGAUUUUGGUCCCAGUGUGAUGCUAGCAUCACCAGGUAUGUUGCAGAAUGGUCUUUCUAGAGAAGUUUUAGAAAGAUGGUGCCCUGAAGGCAAAAACCUUGUACUUAUAACAGGUUAUUCUGUGGAGGGUACAAUGGCUAAAUUUUUAAUGCUUGAACCUGAUACGAUUCCAUCAAUAAACAACCCGGAGAUUACUAUACCAAGAAGAUGCCAAAUCGAAGAAAUUUCAUUUGCAGCCCAUGUAGAUUUUCAAGAAAAUCUGGAAUUUAUAGAGAAGAUCAGUGCACCAAAUAUCGUUCUUGUUCAUGGUGAAUCGAAUCCUAUGGGUCGUUUAAAAUCCGCACUUUUAUCCAAUUUUGCAUCAUUAAAGGGUACAGAUCAAGAAGUUCAUGUCUAUAAUCCAAGAAAUUGUGUGGAGGUGAAUUUAGAAUUUAAGGGAAUUAAAGUAGCCAAAGCUGUUGGUAACAUUGUUGAUGAAAUACAGAAAGGAGAAACAACAGAAGUAAAGAGGGAAUCACCUAAAGUGGAAAGUUUAGAUGGGACUGAGAAUAAUGGAGAAUCCGAUCAGGAAGAAAGAGAACUCCCUAAUGGUGGCGAAGAAGAAGAAAUUGUUGUAUCUGGAAUUUUGGUCUCUGAUGAAAAGAAUUUUGAUUUAAAUUUAGUUUCUUUGACAGAUUUAAGAGAACACCAUAACAAAUUGUCAACUACUGUUUUGAGAGAAAGACAAACAGUCCAUGUGGACUGUAAAAAGGAACUAAUAUAUUGGCAUCUUUGUCAAAUGUUCGGUGACAUUGAAGUAUUAGAAGAUCCUUCCAAUGUUACUAACAUGCUCAAGCAAGAGGAUUCUGAGGUUUCUAAUGGCAGUGAAAAUAAAUUGGUACUUCAAAUCAUGAGUGACAUUAAAUUGACCGUUGUUGAUAACUCGGCGACUUUAGAAUGGACACAAGGUCUGAUAAGUGAUGCAGUUGCAGACUCAGUUGUAGCCAUUCUAAUGAGUGUUGAUUCUGCACCUGCUAGUGUUAAAUUGACAAGCCGAUCUUGUGAUAAUCAUAAUCAUCAAAAUGUGGAAGAAUUAAUACAGCAGGACCCCGUAUGGAAGAUCAAACAAAUAUCCAAAUUAUUUCAAGAACAAUUCGGUGAUUCAUUUACCCUUUUGAUGAAUAAGAACGGCGAUUUUAAGAAGAAUGAUGAGGACAUUAGCGGUAUCAUAACGAUCGGGAAAAACACAGCUCGUGUUAAUUUUUCCCAACUCAAAAUAGAGGAGUGUAAUUCUAAUCCACUCAAGGGACGGGUCGAACAAAUACUCAACAUGGGUAUUGAUCUAGUGGCUCCGCUGUGCUAA